GCUCGGGACUGGCUCUGCGCUCUUCAGCCAGUUCACUACGAAUUUACGUUCCAUCUACACUUUCCUCCUGUUCCGUGCUCGUUUCACUUUUACCACAGGUACAAUUUCUUUUAUCGGAGGUCGAGAGGAAUUGUAUUUAUUUGUUCCAUAUUUAGUUCACGGGGAAUAUUUGUUAAGCUUUAUAUUCGGACGGUUUGAAUUAUUUUUCACCACCAACAGCGGGACAGCACGAGCGAGCGACGGGGACCGGAACUGAGAGAGAGAGAGAGAGACGUCUUGUGUUGAAUAAAACCUCAAGAGCUCCAGAUACAGAAUGGACAUUAUUACCAAAGGAUGGCACUAUAAAUGUCUCCUAACUUUGUAUUACUUUGCACGCAGUUCGUGAGAAAUAACAUAAACAAUAUGUAUAUUUAAUCCAUAUUUAUGUUGACCUCUGCUAUUUACAUGUUCCUGUCUUCAAAUGGCUAAAUGGACUGUGCGCUGAAACCCGAUGCGGUUAUUUGAUUCGAUGUUUUAUUUGAUUUUGAUUCGAUGUAUUAGAAACCUCAUUAGCCGACGCCAAUGGCAACAGCUCUAAACUGCGUUAUCAUUGGCCUGUGAGUCAAUUCAAACGAACAAUUACAAUAUAUGAUAUAUAUAGAGUGAAUAGAGUGAUAUAUAUAUAUAUAUAUUAUAUUUUAGUUCAUUUUAGAGACGUUUUAACAUUGUAUUCAAUUUCCUUGUAUUGUUGUCGGAUUGUGCGUUCUCCUUGAGCGCGCUGAACGGAAGCAUCUAAAUACACGUCUACCGGGGAUUAUAGCGUCUUCGCAUGAUGAUGCCUCUCAGCUGAGACCGGGACCUUUACGUUAAAACCUAGGAACCAGGACCAGAGCCUACCGGGACGACUGUGAGCCCGGAGCCGAAACAUGAGGGCGUCUGGCAGGGUGAUCUUCUGGCUCCUGUCGGUGCUGUGUUCGCUCUCCAGGUCUCGGACGGCCACUCUGAGCAGUAUUGGAGAUCUGGACGCCAUGUUGGGGCCGCAACAGUUCAGGGGCGUGGCCAACUUUAGCACAUUCCUAUUGGACCGUUCGUCUGGCGUUCUCUUCCUGGGUGCGAGAGAUGCCAUACUGGCCGUGGACACCAACAACCUGACACAGCCACCGCGCAUGAUUGUGUGGGAUGUUCCUGAGGAGAAGAGGAAGUCCUGUGUGGCAAAGGGAAAGACAGAGGGUGACUGUAAUAACUACCUUCGUCUGUUAGAGUUUCUUGGAAACGGGUGGAUCUACGCCUGUGGAACCUAUGCUUUUGACCCACAGUGUGCCUUCCUGAACAUGUCUUCCUUCUCUCUGGAGCGAGGGGAGAAUGGAGGGCUGAGGAUGGAGACUGGGAAAGGGAAAUGUCCCUUUGAGCCCAGCCAGCACUAUACAGCUGUUAUGGCAGGAGGUAUCUUGUACACGGCCGCCACGAGUAACUUCCUGGGAACGUUGUUCGAUAUCUCCAGGGCAACCGGACAGGAGCAGGAACGGAUCCGCACCGAGAGAUCCAUCAACUGGCUCAGUGACCCAGAGUUUGUGUCGUCAGUGUUCAUACAGCAGGAUGAAGACAACAACCCACAGGGGGAAGACAACAAGAUCUACUUCUUCUUUACCGAGGUCGCCAAGGAGUAUGACCUCUACACUAAGGUCAAAGUUCCCAGGGUCGCACGUGUCUGCAAGUCUGAUGUAGGUGGUAUGAAGACAUUACAGAGACGUUGGACCACCUUCCUCAAGGCUCAGUUGGUGUGUGAGGACAGAGCCAGCGGACAGCGUUACAACAUACUGACUGAUGUCUACACAAAACAACACACAUCUGGAGACCCUAGCUCUACACACUUCUAUGGUCUCUUCACAUCUCAGUGGGAGCAUGAGGAGUUGUCAGCAGUGUGUGUCUACAGUCUGGCUGACAUCAGUAAAGUGAUGGACGGACCUUUUAAGGAACUGAAGAAGACCUGUGAGAACUGGAUCAACCCAGAACCAGUACCAACACCUAGACCAGGACAGUGUCUGAACAGUGCUCUGAGAGCGGAGGGCUUCGAGUCUUCUCUCAAGCUGCCGGACAAGGUGUUGACGUUUAUGAGAGACCACCCUCUGAUGGAGAACAACGUGAUCGCAGCGCCUCUACUGGUGAGGAGGGGCGUCACGUACACUAAAGUAGCUGUUACCAGGACGACCACGGGGUCGGACGAUGAUCAGAGAAAUGCAGCCACCGUGCUGCACCUGGGAACAGAUCGUGGGGAGCUCCAUAGAGUACUGGUGGUAGGACACAUCACUACACUACUACAGGAGAUACCUCUCUUCUCUGCACAGGAACCUGUCAACAACAUACUGCUACACAAGGGGCAGGCUCUAGUAGGUACCCCUCUAUCCCUGGCCCGUGUGGGGGCAGAGGGAUGCAGCCUGUACCCCAGCUGUGAGGUGUGUGCCCGGGCCAGACCCCUAGGGUGUAUGUGGAGGGCCAAAGAGGGAGCUUGUGGCCCCAGCAUGACAGAGCCCAUCCAGGGACAGGAGGUAGAAGAUGCUCUGAAGCUGUGUGACAGUGGAGAAGGCCGUUGUUCCCCUGUCCUGAGGGAGCUGCGUGUCUCUGUGGGUCUCCAUGUUCUGCUGCCCUGUGUCCAGGUGUCCACACUCCCCUGUACCUGGGAUCACCCACCACACAGACACACCCGUCAACAUCACUCUGACCUGGAGGUCACUGUCACAGAGGAAAGCCUGGGGACAUACACCUGUCUAUGUCAGGAGGGGGGACCAGGGGGUAAGGAGGAGAGUCCUGUCUGUCGCAGAGCCUCCUACCAUCUCACCCUGGAGGGUCCCAGCGCUGGAGGGGCCGUGGCGAUGGCUGGAGGACGUCACCUACUGGCCAUCUACAUACUCUGCUUCAUCCUGGGCGUCGCCCUCGGAGGCUUCCUUCUCUUCUUCCUGUCCCACCGACGCGGGAUUGGCCAGCGCCACCCAGACCACUCCCUUUCCUCGGAGAAAGGGCAGGACCUGCUGGGCUCCUCGGCGACGCCGCAGUCACCUAGCUGCGGCAGUCUGCUGUCGGAGGGGUUCCCAUUAACGGAGAAGAGAGGAAAUGGAACCAUGCUACUGACACACCACCACGGCAACGGUGGUCACCACGGCAACUACGGCGUCGCUGGCGGCAACGGCGGCUGCGACGGUAACCACGGCAACGGCGGCGGCCACGGCAACGCCGGCUACGCCAACAACGCUAACUGUAACGUGCAGGUGCCAGCGAGCGCUGUGAAUGGGCUGAAGCUUCACGUUCAGGAGAUGGUGACGGACGAGAGGAGGGGGGGAGAGAGGGAGAGGAGGAGGCCGGAGGUAGGACAGGGGGAUGAGGAGGACGAGGGGCUAGGGGAGGGGUUGGGGGGAAUGGAGGAGGAGUUAGCGGGGUUUCCUCUGUUUAAGUUACCAGCGCCAUUAGCCCAGUGUGAGGAGAGUUCUAUCUGAUACAUGGUGAUAGAGGCAUGCCCAAGAUACAUGUGUUGAGAAACGAGACAUAUAGGCUGCGUCCCAAAGGCCACCCUGGUUCAUGAGCACUGCACUAUAUAGAGAAUAGUGUGCCAUUUGAGACGCACAUGAAAAGAGAGACAUUACUGAGCUCUUCUCUGUCUAUUGCUGAACACAGACAAAACAGGGAUAAAAAGAGAGAGAGAAAGGGUGGGAUGAGGAGAUAAAACACUUGUGAUGUUAUACACACACAAAAGCCAUACUAUUUCUCUCUCUCUCUUUCUCCAUCUCUCUCUCUCGCUUUUUCUCUCUCCAUCUCUCUAUCUCUUUCGCUUUUUCUCUUUCUCCCUCUCGCUGUUUCUCUCUCCCUCUUCUUAUUCUCUCUCUCUCUCUCUCUCUCUCUCUCUCUCUCUCUCGCUUUUUCUCUCUCUAUUUCGCUCUCUCUCCCUCACGACCUCUCUCUCUUUUUUCUCUCAACAACCAAUCCAAGUCACAAAGGGGCCCCGGAGCCACACCGCGCCCAGGCAGACUGCACCGAUACUGGGCAUGAUGUGGCGAGAGGUCAGCUUCUUACACCAAACCUCCAGCAGGACACUGAGACUGCUAUUAAUGAAGGCUGACGUUACAUUCCAAUAAUCUCUCCUUUCUCCCGAAGUGUGCACACUUUUGGGAAAAAGGUAGAAAAUCAGGCCACAGCCCUGAAACUAUGGAUCUGUCUCAGACCUCUCAGAUGGACUGUAGUGGCUGAGCUCAGAGGUUAGAUUUGAUGUUAGAGGUCAACAGUUUAAAGGUCAUGAUUGAAAAAGAGAGUUCCUAAAUAUAAAGACAUGAACUGGAGAUCCAGACGGAACGUUAAGACAAGAAAGACAAGAAAAUAAGAAAAUUGGAAUUCCGGAAUUACAUUUUGGAAAAUUCUGGAAUUUUCAGACCGGGGAACAUUCCUAUUUGGGAAAACUGAGAGGGAUUCUGUUAUGGCAUUUCAGCCUCACCUGAUUGAACACCCGCCAUUUUGUUUCUCUGAGUGAGGGCCUUUUUCCCAAAUAGCACCUACUUUUGACCAGAGCCCUAUAGGUCACAAGUAGUGCACUAUGUAGGAGAUAGGCUGGCAUUAGAGACGAAGCCAGGGGUUUCAAUCAAAACGUCCUGUAUGUUUUUAAUAAUAAUAAUAAUAAUAAAGCCUUUUAAUAUAAUGUAACUAGACGAUGUUGUUUUAUAGUUACAGUAGAAGUUGGGGAUGACUCCAUAGAAAUAGAAUGUUGUUUUUCACAGUACACAUUUAGAAUUAGUGGUGACUCGAGUAACCCCUGGAGAUCCUCGAGUAACCCUUCAGAUCCUCGAGUAACCCUUCAGAUCCUCGAGUAACCCUGGAGAUCCUCGAGUAACCCUUCAGAUCCUCGAGUAACCCUUCAGAUCCUCGAGUAACCCUUCAGAUCCUCGAGUAACCCUUCAGAUCCUCGAGUAACCCUGGAGAUCCUCGAGUAACCCUUCAGAUCCUCGAGUAACCCUUCAGAUCCUCGAGUAACCCUUCAGAUCCUCGAGUAACCCUUCAGAUCCUCGAGUAAACCUUCAGAUCCUCGGGUAACCCCUGGAGAUCCUCGAGUAACCCCUGGAGAUCCUCGAGUAACCCUUCAGAUCCUCGAGUAACCCUUCAGAUCCUCGAGUAACCCUGGAGAUCCUUGAGUAACCCUGGAGAUCCUCGAGUAACCCCUGGAGAUCCUCGAGUAACCCUGGAGAUCCUCGAGUAACCCCUGGAGAUCCUCGAGUAACCCUGGAGAUCCUCGAGUAACCCCUGGAGAUCCUCGAGUAACCCUGGAGAUCCUCGAGUAACCCCUGGAGAUCCUCGAGUAACCCCUGGAGAUCCUCGAGUAACCCCUGGAGAUCCUCAAGGAACCAUUUUUUGUCAAUGGUUCAUAUUUGCACCUUCGGUUAGUUGAGGGGUUCUUGGAGGGAACCUUUAAUAAACAUGUGUCAAACUCAUUCCACAGAGGAUCGAGUGUCUGAGGAUUUACGCUCCACCAUUGUACUUGAUCGAUGAAUUAAGGUAAUUAAUUAGUAAGGAUCUCCCUUCACCUGGUUGUCCAAGUCUUAAUUGAAAAAUAAUAAUAAAAAAAAAAUUAUAAUUAUAAUUAAAAAACUGCAUACACUCGGCCCUCCAUGGAAUGAGUUUGACACCCCUGCUUUAAUGGUUCAAUGUAGCAACAGGUUCCUGUAGGAACCGGGAGUGGAGGCGUGACUUAGUAGGGGCGUGGCUUUAAGAUCUAUCUUUUUUUUGUCCACCUGUGAGAGUAAAUGUCAUUCCUGUUCAUCCGUUCUGUUGUAUUGUCAUCACAUGUUACAGUUGAACACUGACAGUUUUGUAGCUUCAAUGAGGCUAACAGAGUUCCUCAACAGCUUUAUGCAAAUCAUCACUUUAUUACUGUAUGGAAUCAGCAAUGUUAAUAUUAGAAUAUGUAAUACACAUAAAUAUUCAAGGAACAUGUUAAUUUGCAGUGUACAAACUUUACAUGAUGAACAGGAAUGACAUUUACAUUAACGGGUGAUCAAAAAUAACUAUCUGAAAGCCACGCCUCCAAUAAGUCACGCCUCCAAUCUGAUAGACUGCCACCUCUACAAUAUAUUAUUAAAAAGGUUCAAAAUGUAAUCCCUCCCGUCACAAAAAGUUUGAACCUUUACAUAUGGGUUCCUCAAAGAACCUUUUCAGAGGGGUUCUUUCAGGAAUCUUUUUCAGCUUCAAAGGUUCUUCCAGGCACCUUUUCAUCUAAGAUUGUACAGUGGAGGUUGGGGAGGAGACCAUAGAAGCACAAUGACUAAAAAGGACAUUCCCCAUUCAAAUCAAUGGGUUUGAAAUGGGUGGACCGGCAGCCAUUUAACAAGUGGGAUUCUAUUUCUAUGGCAACACUGAUGAUGUCACAAUAGCAUAAAACACUGCCGUAGUUGAAUGAUCAUCGGGUUAGAAUAUGUAGAGCCAGGAGUUUCUCCCGACCAAGUUAUCUGCCCAGGAGAAACUAUAGGGCGCCUUUUUACAGGCUAGAACCCAGUGUGCGUCCCAAUAAUAAAUACUUUUCUCCUGAACACACGUUCACUACUCCGCACAAAUGUAAAAACAUUGGAUUGGAGGCAUGGGCUAGUGUGAGUUUCCAUCAUAUUAGUUCUAAAAUAGGACCCAUAGAUUUUCCUGAGCAGAUCAUUUGAUUCAUAGCACCAACAAUGCUGCUUUUUAAAGGUGGUUGUGGAGGUGGUUAAAGGUGGUUAACACUGCGCGUGGCGGCUCAAUCGUAAAUAUCCUUUAAAAUGCAGAUUGGGAUUUGGAUUGAAUCCCGGCCUAAGAAAAAACUCUGAUCCCCAAGUAUGGCAUAUGUUGAACACAGGCCUGUGGCAGUCAGUUAGACACAGCCAUUCGUUAGCUGAUUUUGAGUGACAAACACUGCCAUCCAAUGGAAUGACUGCACACUGUAAAGUGCAACCAACUUUUGAAGGUGAAAGAAACACCAGAAUCCUGAUUCUGAAUAAGAAUUUGUUUUUUUAAUUCUUGAGAAUAUUUGGAGAAAUAUAGCCUAAGUAAUAUAUCUUAUAAUGACAGGCACUAUAGCCACCAAUUUGAACAAGAGGAGGGAGUUAUACAAAAAGAAGAAAGACAGAAAAGAAAGAAAGAAAAGAAAGAAAGAUAAAUAGCUAACAGGUUAUCUCCAACACUAUCCGCCUCUAAGUCUCUGUGUGUCUGUGUUCCAAAUCACACCCUAUUCCCUUUACAAUGCACUACUUUUGACCAGGAUCCAUAGGGCAAAAUGGGUGCACUAUAUAGGGAAUAGGGUGUGAUUUGGAAAACACAUAUGUAUGUAUAGAGAUGAGCAGUGACGCAAUGAUGCUAUGAGCUUGUAUGGCCACUGGGUGGCGACGUCAUCCAGUCUUUCAGUAUCUUCUUCUUCUAGUAGAAUCGGUACACAAUGGUACAUACGUGGAAAUGAUAGAACUCUACACUUCUCUCUCUCUCUCUGUCUCCCUCUCUCUCUCUCCAGAAUAUUACCCUCUCUUUGACCUCUUUAAAUACGUAUGAUAAAGAUGUACAGUACAGAUAUGUUGGAUUCUAAGGAUGCUUCCCAAAUUCCGCACUAUUCCCUUUGUACUGCACUAUAUUUGCGCCCUGGUCAAAAGUAGUGAACUAUGUAGGGAAUAGGGUGCUAUUUGGAAUACAACCUAAGGAUUUAUCUUUAUAAUUUAUAUACUGUAUGAUGAUUAAAAAAAAUUGUACAUUUGUUUUGAAUACCAGGCUCUAACGUGGUAAACGAACAUCCGGGAUAAUCAUAUUAGUAUGAUAUGUUCCGUUUGGUAUGGUUACAUAAGAAAGAAGGUUACUUAAGGCAAAAACGAAAGGAGGAUGUUUGGGUGUACAUGUAACAGUAUAGCUUCCGUCCCUCUCCUCGCCCCUACCUGGGCUCGAACCAGGGACCCUCUGCACACAUCAACAACUGCCUCCCACGAAGCAUCGUUACCCAUCGCUCCACAAAAGCCACGGCCCUUGCAGAGCAAGGGGAACAACUACUUCAAGGUCUCAGAGCGAGUGACGUCACCGAUUGAAACGCUAUUAGCGCGCACCCCGCUAACUAGCUAGCCAUUUUACAUUGGUUACAUACAUAUAAUACAAACAUCUAGCAACCCUAAAGUUGUGUGUUCUAAUCUUAUCACAGACAACGUUAGCAUUUUAGCAACUUUGCAACUACUUACUACUUUUUCACUACUUUGCAACUACUUAGCAUGUUAGCUAACCCUUCUCCUAACCCUAACCUUAACCCUUUAACCUAACUCCUAACCUUAACCCUAACCCCUAGCCUAGCACCUACAGUAGGUGACGUUAGUGUUAGCCACCUAGCUUACGUUAGCCACAACAAAUUGGAAAUCAUAACAUAUAAAAUUGAACAUUCGUAACAUAUUGUACGAAUUGCAAUUCGUAAACACAUACAAAAUGGAUGAAGGACAUCCACAAAUGAAUAUAUACAGUACCAUACCAAAUAUAACAUAUCGUACUAAUUUGAAGGUCCCGGAUUUUUGUUUACAAUGUUUCUUCUAUCCCAGGUUGUGAAUACUCGAGAUUAUUUGUAUGUGGGCAACUGUGUGUGUGUGUGUGUGUGCAUGCAUGUGUGUGUGUUUGUUUGGAUUGUGAUGCUUUCUGUAAAUUAAAGGUUACUUACAGUA